CACACCAUAGGAAUUUUUCCUCUGGGCGGAAUAACAAUUUGUUUAUAGUCAAUUAAAAUGUGCUUGUGAAUUAACGAUAGAUAUAAAAACAAAAAUGAAGUUUUUCAACUUUAUAGUGGCCGUAUUAGCUUUAAUCUGCAAUGGCGUCGAAGCCAUUAAAUUGCAGGCAAAUGUGGGGGAGCUGUUUACCUAUAAAAUCGAACCGCAGCUCUUCAACUGGACCCACCAGGUGAUUAGCCAGCAAUUUCGGUACAGACCCUCCUUGAAGAACUACCCCGAUUUGCCCAGUUGGAUGAGAUAUAUGUAUAGUCAUGAGUACCAUGCCGGUUUCCUCUACGGAACUCCGCCGAAUUCGGCGGCUGGCAAGGAACUCAGUUUGGAUAUAGUGGCCCUGAAUCGCCAGAAUUACGAAACCCGACAUGUCGUCGUCUCGAUGUUCGUGGCCCAUAAGUUUCCCACUCCAAAUGUCGUGCAGAUGAAGAUCAACAACCUAAACUGGGUGCACCUAAUGGAUCCGGGUAGGGUGGAAGACUUACGCAACAUAUUCCGCAAUGAUUUGUGGCCAAAUAGCAAGGAGGAUUUGAGUGUGGUCUUUAUGGAGUCGGCUGUGAAUAUGGGAGGACGUCUUCCGCUGCGACCCCAGCAACGCGAGGGAGUCAUUGUCCAUGUGGGAAGCUUUGCCCAGUUCUCACCCCGACUUAUGGAGCUCCAGGAGGAAGUGCGUCCGCUAUAUAAACUCCCAUCCUGCACCUACAAGCGCACAUCGGUCCAAAAAAUCUUCGAAAAUGUGGGCUUCAAGCUGGACUGGUGCGCCUUUCGAAUGGUGGGCAUGGAAUCGCCCACCGAGAUCCUCUUCCACAGCGGCAAGCAGAACGAGCAGCAGGCGACGGAGGAUCAGAGGGAGCAGGAUCGAUGGAUGGGCAUCGCCAGGGAGGAUGUUCCCGAGCGCAAUUACAUCGAUGAAUUCGCCUUUGCCUUCGCCAUUCCGGGCAUGAUUUUCGCCAUUUUAAUCGGGAUGCUAUCGGCUGUUUUGUGCUUCCACCACGAGAAGUUUUCCGAUCCGCAUUCUGAGUUUUUCUUUGCCAACAUUUUCCACAUCUGCGAAGAGUCCUGUGCGCCAAGCGCGUCAAGCGAUUCUGGGGCGGAUGAUGGUUCAGAGAGCUCUUCAAACUCGGAUUAUCCCAUGUCAUCCACGGUUCAGAUGGUCCAGUGUUCGGAUAGCAAGUCGAAUCAACCCAUUACCACUUUGAAGAGCCUUAAGGACCCAAAUUUCCUUCUGGACAAUACUAGCAUUCGAUCUCACAGUCCCAACAACAGCUUUUACCAGUUGGACUGCGGCACCUCGAGCAUUUAUGCCCGGCCCAAGCCACCACCUUAUAAGGGCGGCACCUUGGGACGGAAUGGCGUGGAUAUUUGACAAACAUCUCCCCGAGUUCUCUACUGCUGAAGGGCAUUAAAUCGGAACGAAGGAAAUCUCAAUAAGCAAUAUCGAGGAGCGUUAUAUCAAUUGCAUAAAUACUCACACCUGCCGAACUAGACGAACCAUAUCGUAAUUAUCAAUUUAUACACAUACGCAAGCAUGAAACUAGCCAAUUUAGUUUGCCAUUUAAGAGUGAAGGUUAUGAAAUAAAGGAUCG